AUGAUUGUAUGUAGCGUAGCACCCACACCUUUACAGCUAGUCGCCGAGGCCCUUUAUUCCCUUGAUGUAUUACACUCACUCUCGGGAUACUACUAA